AUGAUCAAUAUAGCUGAAGGGAUUAAUAAAAAGUUAAUUGCAGUUAAAAUAAACUUCUUUUUUCAAUUUUGUGCAAUUGCUGCUUUAUUUGCAUAUAUGAGUCCAAUACUUGCCACAUACGGUUUGAAUUCAUACCAAUUGGGUGUUACUACCCUGUUUGCAAAUGCAUGUUCAAGUGUUUCGAGAAUAAUUUUUGGUAUGAUUGUUGAUCGAACAAAACAUCGUAAUUAUGUUUUAAUGGCACUAUCAUCGGUAUCUCUGGGGCUGAUGCUACUGAUUUUCACAAUACCAAGAAAUAAAGAAUACUUAUUUCAUGGAAAUAUGAAUGAGAAUGGAGAGUUUUUAAUUUAUCUAACGUCUGUGUCAGAGAAUAACUCUAAGACUGAACAUAUUAUGACACCAUCUCAUGAAAAAUCAAAUUUACCUCCGUGUUGGUCACAUAUAUUAAAACAAUGCAAAUUAGACAGAAAUUCGUUUGUGUCAAACGAUUAUCAUUUAAAAGAUUCAAAUCUAGAUAAAUUAUCAGCAAUUUAUGCGAAUAGUAAAGAAUAUUCUCGUGAAGCGUCAAAAUAUGAAGAAAAGAAGAUACAGGCAAAUAAACAACUCAACUCAUCUGUCAAGAAAUUGAAUCAUUUGAUCAAUCUGACUGUAUACCCAUUGUGUGCGAACGGAUACGUGAAGCAUCUUGGCCAGUUGUACUAUUCGCCUUAG